AUGCAUCUCGCGAGCUUCUCUCUUCUUACCUCCAUCACCCUACACCACUACUGUGCUCAUAAUACUCCCAUAACACUUCACAAUAUCGAUCAAUUGCUGAAUGGAACAUCAUUAGCACAGCGCCGCAUCCUCAGAUUGUCAAGUGCCAAGUUGUCGGUCAUGGCUGAUCAGGUGCUCGAACUGCCUUGUUGGCCAUUUGCCCUACUGCUCUCCUCGUCUCUCUAUUUCUUCCAUUACCCACCAGGCGAGACCUCAGCCGAAAUCCCAACUGUCAGAUUCAGUCGCUUCCUUCCAGGCUUCAUUAACCGGCUCAUGUUCAUUUUCGUGGCGCCUUACCUGAUAAAGUACGGUUAUGAGAAGUACAGAGAUCAGCCCUACCGUAUCCUCAAGGCAGAUGGCGACUUGCUUGUUUUGCCUCCAAAGUACCUUCCGGAGAUUCGUCACUUGCCUCCUUCCAAACUUAGCGGCGUCGAUGCGCAAUUCGAGAACAUCCUUGGCAAGUACACUAAUGUUCUUAUUGAUAGCAAUUUGCCUGUGAAGACGGUUCACAAGGGUCUGACUCCAGCUAUCGGUAAGUACCUGCUUUGUGUACACCUGCUUGAGUGUCUUACGGCUGACGAAAGCCAACUUCAAGGCCGAGUUCUUCCUCGUCUCCUCGAUGAACUUCAGUUCGCAUUCCAGGUUGAAGUGCCUGACUGUGAUGAUCGCUGGGUCCCUGUCAACCUCUACGACAUGAUCCUGGGCCUUGUCACACGGGCUACUUCUCGCGUCAUUGUUGGAAAGAACAUCUGCCGUAACUCACAGUGGCUGGAAACAGUCACCAGCUACACGGUCAAUCUCGGGGUCACUGUUAUUUUGCUCCGUCCAUUUCCCAACUUCAUGCGUCCAUUAGUUGCCAAGGUGCUCCCUAGCGUCAAGAAACUCCGCACUCAGCUGCGCUUCGUUCAGAAUGAGCUUUUCAUCCCGAUGAUCUUGGCACGUCGCGAGGCCGAGAUCAAUGGUCCUGCAUAUCAGAAGCCGGACGACUUUCUUCAGUGGAUGAUGGACCUUGCAGAGGAUGACUUCGAUAAAGACCCCGCCAAUAUCUCUCAGAUGUUGCUGAUUGUGAUGGCUUUGGCGGUUGUCCACACAAGCUCUAUGCUGAUGACCCAUGCUAUCUACGAUCUUAUGAUUCGACCCGAGUACAUUGAGCCUCUUAGGGAGGAGAUCCGCGGGACUCUGAAAGACGGAUGGGACAAGGUGACUCAGGCUUCCUUCGCCUCUCAGCGUCGCCUGGACAGCUUUAUGAGAGAAUCACAGCGUUUUAACCCCACUGGGGAAUUGUCUACUCACCGCAUGGUUAUGGAGACGAUGGUUCUUUCUGAUGGCCUGGUUCUUGAGAAAGGCACGCAUAUCUGCUUCCCUUCGAAGCCUAUGGGUAUGGAUGACUCUAUUAUUGAGGAUGCUCUUACCUUCAGGGGAUUCCGUUGGUGUGAAGAUCCCGAAGCAAGAAGUACGAGCCUUGUUAGCAUCAGCCCGUCAAACAUGCAUUUCGGCUACGGUAGACAAGCCUGCCCUGGCCGUUUCUUCGCUGCGAACACGAACAAGGCAAUCUUGGGUCGCUUGAUUGCAGACUACGAGUUCAAAUUUGAGGGCGACAACAACAAAAGACCGAGGAACCUCACCCUUGGGGAGCAGAUUAUGCCCAACAUGCACACCAAAAUCCUUCUUAAGAAGAGGGCCUUUGUUUAA